UUUUUCAGAUAUCUCAAAUAAAACUUUUAAAACAGAUAUUAAAAUAUUACCUAGUUACCAGCACUCUACAUCAUCCUGGGACCAUAAAAAUGAAAGCCCUGACUUCGCGGGCGGUGAAAAUUGCGUUCACUGUCAUUGCAUUUGUAGUGUUUGCGAUCUCAUUUGUGUUUUCAUUUCUGGGGAACGUGCCCGUUGGAGUGGAAAAAGGAAAUGCAACUCUAAAUGCAGCAACUGACAUCUUCAUUAAUACAAUUCCGGAUCUCGCAACCCGAUAUCCAACUGCAAUCCAGCCAGCACCAUGGGUGUUUGUUGUCAUAUGGCCGAUAAUUUUUUUAUGGAAUACCGUUGGGAUUUUCUAUUUGUUGGCUUCGUUGUGUUUGCCGAAGGAUCGGAGCCCGAUUUUGAGAGAGCCAUCAAUGUUUCCUGUUGAAUCUCUAAUUUUCUGGUGUCUAAGUUGGGGUUGUUCUAUGGGAUGGAUAUUUGCUUUCGACAGAGAACUAUUGGGUCUGUCAAUGUUUCUAAUCCUGGUAGCCGCGUGGUCAACGUAUGCCACGUUGGGUCUCUCCUACAGGAGUUACUACUCAGAUAUUCUCAUCUUGGAAGAACAUAGUCAUAAGAUGCUCCUGUUGGUUCGUAUCAUUAUCCAUAACGGAUUUGCCAUUCUGGCUGCUUGGCUGACGUGUGCUUGGAAGAUAACUCUCGCUACUACAAUUACUUACAAGGAUAGCUCACCAUCUGACGAGAUUCCCGCUGCACUUAAUGGGUCAAUUACAUCAGAAGAUGCCGGUACAAUCGGGCUCUCAAUUCUACUUUUCGAACUUGUGUUAUGGUUUGUCUUGGAGAACUUCGUUUUCGAGCCGUAUUGUCGUUACACGCUAUCGAUCUAUCCAACUCUUAUAUUUGCUCUAAGCGGUGUUUUUUCACAAAAUUAUGUCUCCCCUUUCUCCAGGAAUCUCGCCAUUACUCUCGCAGCCUUAAUUUUGGCGAUUAUUGCUUUUAUUGCACGACUCGUGCUUGUUAUUUAUAGGCAUAGACACAGGACCCGAUAUGCUUGAAGUGAUUUGCAGAGCUAGAAAUGAACCUUGGCCUGUUAUCUACAGGCAUAGUUUUAGGACUCGAUAUGCUUCAAGUAAUUUGCUGAGCUCAUUUUUUUUUUUAUCUUGGUAUUACCCUUGUUGCCUCUAACUACACAUACUAACAUUAUAUAUAUACAUUACAUUACUUAUAUUAUAUAUAUUGCUUAUACUUCAUAUUGCAAUAGUUUUUCAUUUAUAUCUUUUCCAUUUUGCAUACCAUCUUUAUAUUGUUCCACACUAAUUUUAUGAUCUGAUCUGCUUAAGUAAGAUUGAUUUUGGGUUCUCCCGUAGUAUGUGCAACAAGAUGGCGGACACCGAAACGUAGUAUGUGUAUCAGAUUCGGGUUAGGGUAUAAUUUCAGGUACAAAUACUACGGGAGUCACUUGGCUUGUCCCUAAACUCGUAAUAGAUCUAAAAUAUGAAAAAUUGGAAUCAAAUUAUGGCCUAACCCUAACUUAGUACACAUACUAUGUUGCAUGUACUAUGGGAGAGCCUGAUUUUGUUAAGAGCCAAUGCCCCAUGGGUAUGGGAACGCUGGUAUUUUGGGGUGAAACAGAGUGGGGCGGUUGCGUACCCAGGAUUUUGUUAAGGGGCCAAUGCCCCAUGGGUACGGAGACGCUGGUGUGUUGGGAUGAAACAGUAUGGUUAGUUUGUAUCUUACCCUUGUAUUUUUUAUUAUUGCUAUACAUUUUUUUUUAUUGCCUUUUUAUGCUAACUAAUUGACUACACAUACCAACAUUGUCUAUAUUGUUUAUAUAUUGUCUAUAUUUACAAUUUUUGUAUUUAAAUAUAUUGCGUAUAUUACAGCUAACUUUCCUACCAUAACAAGUGACAGCGUAUAAGAAUCCUUGAUAUUAAUAUUUUUCAUUCACUUUGAUUAUUUUUUAUACAUUUUUCUCAAUUGUUCCUUGCAAACCAUACCCGUACCUACAACUAACCUCAUACCAGUGCCAAGCUAUGUCCUGCCACUAUAUACCGGGUGUCCAGAAAAUUACGCCCGAUUUUAUAGUAAUACAGGGUGUCAGUUAGUUCUCAAUAUAUCUUAACCAGGUUUGUUAUUUUUUAAUCAGUAAUUGUUCAAGUAUUUUUAUUUCAUAUAAUACAUAAACAAAAACAAUAUAUGGUAUCGAUAAAUCCCCUUCGCAAUUUUGAAAAAUUUCAAGUCUCUAUGGACAACCUAUAUAACAGUUGAAAAUUUCUUUGUCCUUGUUUAUCAAUAGUUCAUAUUGUGAUUGUAGUUAUCAUUUAUCAUGCAAUAAAAUUCAUUUAAACUCACAAUUGCUAUUACUAUGAAAUUAGGAUUUUUAAUUGUUAUUAACAUAAUAUCAGGCAAAAUUUUUUGGAUGCUAUAUUUUACUUUCAUACGAUAUUUUUCACAGAAUUUAAUUAGAUAUUUAAACGAAAUAUUGAUUAAUCUUCAUUCUUCAUCAAAGAUGGAGAGUUCCACGCUCAAGUAUGCAAUGACUAUCCUAGCAUUUGUGGUGUAUAUAGUUUCACUCAUAUUCUCCUACCUUAAUUCACUGUCUGGAAUGGGUGGGAAUAAAAACGAGACAAAUGAGACUGCAUUGGGAGGGUUAUAUCUCAACACAAUUAGAGAGUUAUCAGACAAAUAUGAGAGCAAUAUUCAACCGGCAAACUGGACUUUUGGUGUCAUUUGGCCGAUUAUUUAUCUCUGGAAUGCUGUCGGUGCAUUUUAUAUGAUUGUAGCUCUCUGCCUCAAGGAAGAGGAUAGUCCAACAGUGAGAGAGAAGCCUUUGAUUCCUCCAGUAACCCUGAUAUUCUGGUGUCUGAGCUGGUCAACAUCUGUGGCAUGGAUUUUUGCAAACGACAGAGAGAUUUUGGGACUAGCAAUGUUCUUCAUACUCGCAGCUUGCUGGGUUACUUAUGCUGGUCUUGCAUUCUCGUAUCGGAGUUAUUACCCUGAAGUCGAAGAGCUAAAAGCACAGAAUCCAAAAUUGCUUUGGCUUGUCCGUAUCAUUUUCCACAAUGGAUAUGCGAUUCUGGCAACAUGGUUGACGUGCGCUUGGAAACUGAUGUUGGCAACUGUGAUCACUUACAAGGGCAGCAUGGGAAGCCCUGUUGCAGAGCUGAACGGUUCACUGACAGCUGAAGACGCUGGCACAAUCUCUCUUGUCAUCCUCCUGUUAGAGAUCAUAGUCUGGUUUGUACUUGAAAACUUCGUUUUCGAAAAAUAUUGUCGCUACACUCUUACCAUCUACCCUACUCUUGUGUUUGCUUUGAUUGGAGCUCUCGUUGGGAAUUACGUCAGUCCCUUCUCAAGGAAUAUGUAUCUGUCUCUCACCGGUUUGAUUCUUUCAAUUCUUGCUCUGAUCGCUCGUACUGUGCUGGUUGCUUACAGGCAUAGGAACGGAAAAGUGGAUGUUGCCUAGAGCGUGGCUUAAACUUUUGGUGUUAUGAGGAUGCAGAGGUUUACUAUUAUUUACGGACCCCCACAAUAAGUUCAU